CUUUUUUGCAGUGAUUUUGAGGAGCAAAGCCAGGCAAGUGAGCAUGGGGAUCCCGAGGACUAUCCGGAGAGUUUGUCUGUCAAGGAGGAACCAGCAGUGCACCAGCCUUCCAGGGCCUCGAGUGUUGUUUCCGUCCAACCAGAAGACGAUGACGUGGCCAUUGUAAAUCCGGCGAAGGCUGGCGGGAAGAAGAGAAAGCUGUUAUUACUGGCGCUACUGGCAGUAGCCUUGGUGGCAGCUGUCCUGGGAUGUGUCUUGGGAGUGCUUCUCGGUAAGGAGUCGCCUGUAUGUGCCGAAGGACAAGACUGUGUGGAGACAGUCAUGGAAUUGUGCAAGAACGCCCCAUUGGACUACCAGAGUGGUGGCACCUUUACCUGUGACAACAUUACCUUCACCCACCAUGUUGUCCGGAUCUGCCGGCUGAGCUGCCCCUGGGGCUUCCGCCAAGCUGAUGCCGGGCUGGUCUUCUGUAACGGCGAGACCUUCGCUCCCAUCCACCCGAUGGUUCUCUCUGCCUUCCUCGGUAUCGGCAGAGCCGCCAACGCAACAGCUGACAGUCUGACGACAAGCCUGGGCAUCCCGAACAACACCGACUCCGACGUGGUAGCGGCGGUCCUUUCUCGGAUCGGUGUGACGGGUGAUCAGCCACUGCAUCUUCUAAAAGAUAUUCUUCGGGCAGCCGCCGUGAACGGUACCUACGGACUGGACGGACUUCGAGACGGAUUGACAGGACUGCCUGGUGGCCGGGACGUCGCUGAUUGGAUACUCAACAUGAAUCUCACAAUGGAGAUGGCAAAGCUUGAGACUUUUGGCGCUUCGAGGAAGCCUUUCUGUAGAAAGAUAGACUGUGACAGGGACCAUGGACCUUUGCAGGUCCCCGAUCAUGGCCUGCUGAACUGCUCAGGAUCAACCUACCAGGAGACAUGUCAGCUCACGUGCCAACUUGGUUACGAGCCGGCUGGAGCAAACAGCUUCCUGUGUACCGGGUCAGGGAACUGGAGUGGACUUCCUUCUUGCAAUCCAGUACGAUGUGGCGACUCUCCUCAAUAUCCACACACCCGUUUCGACUGCGGCGGUUCCACCUAUGGACACAACUGCACCACGGCAUGUGAUGAAGGUUACCAGAGGACAAACAAGACAGAAAUCCGGUGUAAUCACAACGGGAACUGGACACUGCAGAGUGAGAGUAUCCUAGUGGAAAACAAGGCCAACCAGACGGAACUCUUCUGUGAGAAGAAGGACUGUGGAAUACCAAAUACUAUCAGCGAUGGCUACAACAACUGCACGGGUACCAAGUAUGGCGAUUCUUGUAGGCCCACCUGUAACCAAGGUUACAGACCGACGAACCACCGAAACGAACCUCUCCCCAGUGACGUCACGUUCAGCUGCCUGUCAUCCGGCCAGUGGGACCAGCAGCCCCUCUGUAGUCCGUCCGACUACUGCAGUCUCGGAUGGCACAACUGUAGCGACGACCUCGGCGUUUGUUACGUCACCGGUCACCAGCUGCACGGUUGCAGGUGUGCCCACGGCGCCGUCGGUAAUGGGACCCAUUGCGAACCGGCUGACUGCGGACCAUUGCCAGUUUCUGAUCCUGCCGGUGGGUUCUUCUCUUGCUCCAACGUUGGCCUUGACGAAACGAUUUGUGCCCUGAGUUUCGACGGCUCCAUGGCUCACAACAAAACUUCCGACCAGGAGUUCGGCACCGCUUGCGCGCUGCACUGCAGACCAGGGUACGUCCGACAGUUUCUGGUGGAGUACAGGUGUGGAGCUACCGGGAACUGGAGCAUUCCGGUUGAUCUAGAUACCAUCGACCUGGAAGCUUGUCAAGAUAUAGAUGAAUGCACGAGCGGUCCCUGUCAAAACGGAGCGACCUGCAACAACAUGGAGAACAUGUACAGCUGCACCUGUGCCCCUGGAUAUACAGGCGUUCACUGUGAAACAGACAUCAAUGAAUGCGGCAGCAAUCCAUGCCGCAAUGGUGGGACCUGCACGGAUGGAGUCAACAGUUACACCUGUGUGUGCAGACCUGGGUUCGCGGGAACACACUGUGAAACAGACGUCAAUGAAUGUGCCAGCAAUCCAUGCCUAAAUAGUGGUACCUGCUCGGAUGGUGUCAACAGUUACAUGUGUGCGUGCGGGCCUGGGUUCAAUGGAACACACUGUGAAAUAGACAUUGAUGAAUGUGCCAGCAACCCAUGUCACAAUGGUGGAACCUGCUCAGAUGGUGUCAAUACAUACACCUGUGUGUGCAGACCAGGGUUCACGGGGACGAACUGUGAAACAGACAUCAAUGAAUGCGGCAGCAAUCCAUGCCGCAAUGGUGGAACCUGCACGGAUGGAGUCAACAGCUACACGUGUGUGUGCAGAUCUGGAUUCACGGGAACAAACUGUGAAACUGACAUCAAUGAAUGUGCCAGCAACCCAUGCCUAAACAAUGGAACUUGCUCGGAUGGAGUCAACAGUUACACCUGUGUGUGCAGAUCUGGAUUCACGGGGACACAUUGUGAAACUGACAUCAAUGAAUGUGGCAGCAACCCAUGCCUAAAUGGCGGGGCCUGCUCAGAUAGGAUCAACAGCUACACUUGUGCGUGCAGGCCUGGGUUCAAUGGGACACACUGUGAAACUGACAUCAACGAAUGUGCCAGCAGUCCCUGCCUAAAUAAUGCUACCUGCUACGAUGGUGUCAACAGAUACACGUGUCGGUGUGGACCUGGGUUCGCGGGGACUCACUGUGAAACUGACAUAAAUGAAUGUGCCAGCAAUCCAUGCCGGAAUGGUGGGACCUGCACGGAUGGAGUCAACAGUUACACCUGUGCGUGCGGGCCUGGGUUCGCGGGGACACGCUGUCAAACUGUGGUUUGCCCAAACCUGUCAGUGACGAACGGAACGGUUACCUGUACAAACUCCAACUUGUAUGGUUCGCGAUGCAGCGUCAUCUGCAGCAGCGGGCUUAAACUGGUGGGAGACUCGACAUUAGUCUGCUACUAUAAUGGAGCGUGGAGUUCACCUGCGCCUGUCUGUCGAGAAAGAGCAGUCUGCACUUCCUUAUCUCCACCCGUCAAUGGCGCAGUUAACUGUUCAGACGGAAAUAAUGAAGAUUCGAGUUGCGUCCUGACCUGCAACAACGGAUACCUUCUGGCGGGAACAUCAGAGCGCGUGUGUAACGCCUCGGGACUGUGGACUGGCAGCACAGCGACAUGUCAAACCUGCAACAGCGCCGCUGACAUCAUCUUUGCCGUGGACGUUUCCGGCAGUGUGUCACCUCACCUGAGCAUAGUUUCACGGUUUAUAGAGUUAGAGAUCAACUCUAUUGGCUCCAUUGGCUCCGGUACAAACCAGGCUAGGAUUGCUUUUGUGAAGUUCAUGUUUGGUAGUCGGGCGAGUAUUAAUAUCACCCUAAAUAACGGAUACAGUAAAGCUGCCUUGAUCUCUGCAAUCAACAACACAAUAGCAGGGAGCCCCCCUACCGCUCCAUCUGCAUGGCAGCCUGUUGCCGCGAUUGGAGCUAUGAAUGAUCAAUUUUCGCGGCUUGGUCGGGUAGGGGCGAGGAAGAUAGGGAUUAUAUUAACGGAUGGUUCCGACAGUUCAUCAAGUACUGUCAUUCCCCAGUCAGAAGCAUUGCGUAAUAGUGGUGUCAACAUUAUCUGUAUUGGAGUUGCUAACAUAAACCGCCUGACCCUUGACAACAUGGCCAGUAGGCCAGUCAAUGACCACGUUUUUGAGGCUACUUUUUCAACUUUGGAAAGCAUUGUCAAUAGCCUGCGAUCUAAACUCUGGUGUUAAGCUUGUGACCAGAGAUGAAUUUUUAGUGUAAAGUUACGUUUUGCAGUGAAUCGAAUGUAUUUGGGGCUGUCGUGGUGGUAAGGACUAUUGUGAGUGACUGGUCUGGUAAUAGUCUAAUGAAUUGUUGAUACCGUGGGUGUCAUUCCAUUGUUGUUACACAUGUUAAUGGUUUGCUGUAACGUUACGCAGUCCGACAUGAUUGUCAUUUGUAAAGAAUAGAUCUCAUGUGUUUCCAUUCUAUGACAAAGGCACAAUCUGCUUGCUUCUGCCAUUCUGUGAUAGGUCACAUUGGCACAGAGGGAGAGGUAUUUUAAGAGGGUGAGGCAGUUCAAAUGUUACUGUAUGUUAUUUCGAUUUUCAUCUCUGUAGUAGGGUUCAGCAACUUAAAUGUACAUAUUGGUCGAUUAUCUAGACAUGGCUUUGAGUGUUAGGCUGCGAAGCAAUAAACAGCACUUAAACAGAGCUACAAUGGAUGAAAGUGUUUUUUUUCCACUGAACAAACUACUGAUGCAUACCACAGUAAUAUGUUGGUUCAACAGUCGGUGAAAGAGCAACGUGGAACAAAGUUUAAAGCUUUGGUAUCUGUAUUGAAAGCAUCAUUAAGUCGGUGUUGAACAAUUAGUAUUCAAUAUAGAAAUGUAAGUAACAUCUUAUAUGAAUGUCUUAAGAUGCGGAGUAAUAACAAUGCGGUUUGCUGUUGUUCGAAGGCGUCAAAUACAGAAUCCUGAUUAAA